AUGGAAAUGCAAUCUAUGCCCACGUCCUCAAGCCGUAUACUUUACGAUGUGCCGUGCGCCGUGUGUCGAGACCACUCUUCGGGGAAGCACUACGGGGUGUUCGCUUGCGACGGCUGCGCAGGUUUCUUCAAGCGAUCUGUGCGAAGGGACAGGCGCUAUGCUUGCAAGGCUAGAAGCCCCGGUGCUUGCCUCGUUGACAAGGCCCAUAGGAAUCAGUGCCGCGCCUGUCGCCUCGCUAAAUGCUUGGAUGCGGGAAUGAAUAAGGACGCCGUUCAGCAUGAAAGAGGUCCACGCAACUCGACAAUCCGUAGGCAGAUGGCGCUGUUCUUGAAAGAUCCCACAGCUUCAUCAUCAGAUGUAAACCUGCCGCUCCCGCCAGUGCUGGACUUGGCAAUGCCCAAGCAUAAUAUGUUACCACCUCCACCCUUGGGAUUAUUUCAUAACCCAUACCAUGCUUAUCACCGAAUCAACUUGCUAUCAGCACCUUUAACGCCCUGUCUCCCCAAAGCUCCGUCACCGCCGCCGAUUACGGCCUCCCUUCUUAGUCCAGCCGAACCCGAAGCAAUGUGCGAAGCGGCUGCACGUCUCCUGUUUAUGAAUGUGAAGUGGGCAAAGAAUGUUCCAGCGUUCACUUCCCUGUCACUUUCGGAUAGACUACUCCUGUUAGAAGAAACAUGGAGGGACCUAUUCGUUAUUGGUACCUCACAAUUUCUUUAUCCCUUAGACCUAAAGAUCUUAUACGAUGGAAAGAAUCAAAGAAUAGAUGUGAAAGACAUCGAAGAAUUUAAUAUUGCUUUAGCUGAAUUGGCAAAAGUGCGACCCGAUAACAAUGAGUUCGCAUGCCUUCGAGCGAUAGUCCUCUUCAAGACAACAGUCGGGGAGAAAACUAAUCUAGGGAGCCCGUCCGCCCCGAGUAGCGAAACUCGGAGGCUUCAAGAUUUGCCUGCAGUCGCCACACUACAAGAUCAUUCUCAAGUAGUUCUUAAUGAGUACACGGCCCGAAUGUAUCCGCACGAUUCUUCAAGAUCAAGCCAACUUUACCAACUGUUGCCCGUCAUUAGGAGAGUAUGCAGCGCAACCAUAGUGGAACUGUUUUUCCGCGCUACCAUCGGCGAGAUUCCAAUAGAAAGGAUAAUAAGUGAUAUGUACAGAACAGGAAAAGACAACAUU